AAUGUCUCCCUGUAAUGUGUCUUCCUCUCGCGCCGUGUCUUGUUGCUCUUGCAGACGUAGGGUGACGUCGGGGGUAGGUAGCUAUCAGGAUACACUGGGAUUGCUUUGCAUUGUUAGGCAGAUUUUAGAACAGGUAAAGAAUGAAGUUAGUUGUGGAGGAAGCAGAGAGUUGAAAGGCUGUUGUGAAAGGCGGCCCGUCCCAUCUCAGCCUCUAGUCACUCCCACAGCCCCAAGGCAGUUUGGCUAUUUGCAAAAGGUAUGCCACAAAGCAGGCUGUGCUAGAGGAGGAGGGAGAGACACAGAGGCACAGGGAGAGAGAGGGAAAGCACAGGUCAAGAGGUGGCAAUCUCUGCUCAUAGCAUUGCCCACUGUGCCAGCUCCAGCAAGUGCCCUGUGCACCCCUCAAGCCCACAGACACAAUGUAUGACUGCGUGGAAGCCUUCCCUCUCAUGCCUCGGCCACUCUAUGACAUGAGUCCCCAAGGCGCCUGCAUGCUGAGGAAAGCUGGCUGCUUCGGAGGACUGGACCCUUUCGGGUGGAUGCAGACCCACAGCUUACAAUCCGUCGAAACCCAGAGCACCAGCUCAGAAGAGAUGGUCCCCAGCUCUCCAUCACCUCCUCCUCCACCACGUGUUUACAAACCCUGCUUCGUGUGCAAUGACAAGUCCUCUGGCUAUCACUAUGGAGUCAGCUCCUGCGAAGGCUGCAAGGGUUUCUUCCGUCGCAGCAUACAGAAGAACAUGGUCUACACUUGUCAUCGUGAUAAGAACUGCCAAAUCAACAAGGUGACACGGAAUCGCUGCCAGUUUUGCCGACUACAGAAAUGUUUCCAGGUUGGCAUGUCAAAAGAAGGUCCAUGCAGCUGGGGGAGUGGUAUAGCGGUGCGAAAUGACAGGAACAAAAAGAAGAAAGAGGUGAAAGAAGAGGUGGUGGUAUCAGACAACUAUGAAAUGCCUCCUGAGAUGGAAGAGCUUAUUCAGAAAGUCAGCAAAGCUCACCAGGAAACCUUCCCUUCUCUCUGCCAGCUUGGCAAAUACACUACGAAUUCCAGUGCUGAUCAUCGGGUACAACUGGACCUCGGUCUGUGGGACAAGUUCAGUGAACUCGCCACUAAAUGCAUCAUCAAGAUAGUGGAAUUUGCCAAACGCUUGCCAGGCUUCACCACGCUGACCAUUGCUGAUCAAAUCACCCUGUUAAAGGCAGCAUGCCUUGACAUCCUGAUGCUGCGGAUUUGCACACGUUACACCCCAGAACAGGACACCAUGACCUUUUCAGAUGGACUGACCUUGAACCGGACUCAGAUGCACAAUGCCGGUUUUGGUCCCCUUACAGACUUGGUGUUUGCCUUUGCUGGUCAGCUGCUCCCAUUGGAAAUGGAUGACACAGAGACAGGACUCUUGAGCGCCAUCUGCCUAAUCUGUGGAGAUCGGGCGGAAUUGGAAGAACCAGAAAAGGUAGAAAAGCUUCAGGAGCCAUUAUUGGAGGCGCUUAAAUUUUAUGCUCGAAGACGACGACCUAACAAACCCUACAUGUUCCCACGCAUGCUUAUGAAGAUCACUGACCUGCGUGGUAUCAGUACCAAAGGUGCAGAGCGGGCAAUCACAUUAAAGAUGGAGAUCCCAGGACCAAUGCCUCCGCUGAUCCGUGAGAUGCUGGAGAACCCAGAAGCCUUUGAAGAUGGUGCUGACACUCCUAAACCCAGCGAACCUCCGUCCAGCAAUAGCAGUGAGGGCAGUCCUACGGAGGAAGACAGCAGUGGUUCCAAGACCCCUUAGCCAUGCUACACAAGCAGGGAAGGAUGCCCUGCACCUUGAACUUUCUCCAAGAGCCAUUUUGGCUUCACCCUCUGUUAUAUGAGGCAUUCCAGGGUGAGCCAGUCAAGCAGGGUGCCCUGCCUUGCUUGGUGCUCAAUACUGCUCUUAUUUACUGAUGCAAAAAAGCCUUACUCACUGAGAGGACUGGGAUGGGACUUCUAUUACAAUCAGUAAUGCUCCCAACACAUCAUAGGGGACCUCAGAUAUGGGCACUGCAAUUUUUCCCCAAAUAAACAAUAUGUAAUGGAGCGAAUGAUGCUUGAAAGUGAACUGGAAUAUUUCCAGGAGCCCACUCUGCUCGCUCAGUAUUUUGCCAAAGAUUCUUAUGACCAUUGAUCCUAUGCAGAAGAGACUGUUAGACCGGAGUGCAAGCUGGUGUGUUCAGCAGUAUCAGCACAAGAGAGAACAACUUUACUCCGUGGGUCAGAAGCACAUUGCUCUGUGUGUACAUAUGCAUAUACUUAUAUAUACAAGCACACAUAUAUAUACAUAUAUGGAUGUGCGUCAUUAAAUAUAUUUGCUAUUGCAAUGUUUUUAUGCUUACAUUUUUUUCAUUGGCUAAACGAGGUCAUAUGACUACAAAUAAAGCCUGUUAUACUUAUAAA